UAACACCGGAAGUAUAUUUUACUCUGGCUGGCUUGAUACUGGUGUGGAAAAGAUGGCUGCUUCGGCGGCAACGGCGAGUUCUUCCCCUGGUUUGUGUCCAAAUUACGCCGUGAUUUGCUCUUUCCUGGAGCGGUACGGAGCGUUGUUGGAUCUACCGGAGCUCACUUUUCCUCAGCUGGAGAGAUAUCUGCAGGACACAUCCUCAGUUCCAAAGCUGCUGGUCGAUCUUCACGUCAAGUUGCUGAGGAAGAUCGGCAAAUCAGUGUCAGCAGACAGAUGGGAGAAAUAUCUAGUAAAGGUUUGCCAAGAGUUCAACACGACCUGGGCAUGGGAACUCGAACAGAAAGGAUACAAGGAGAUGCAGACCGAGUGCAAGGCAGCAAUACUUAAAUAUUUGUGUGAGUGUCAGUUUGAUGAAAACGUCAAGUUCAAAACUGCCAUCAAUGAGGAAGACCCAGAUAAGAUGCGGCUGCAGCCGAUUGGCCGGGACAAAGACGGUCAGAUGUACUGGUUUCAGCUGGACCAAGACGACAACGUGCGCGUUUAUGUGGAGGAACAGGACGACUUAGACGGGUCGUCGUGGAAGUGCAUUGUCAAAGACAGAAACGAUUUGGCUGAGGUUGUGGCGCUGCUGAAGACACAAAUUGAUCCUGAGCUGUUAAAAAAAGGCCAAGAAACCAAACCUGAGGGUGAUGAGGACAAAGAGAAAGCAGACGGUGAAGUUAAAAAGAUUGAGGACACAUCAGAUGAAGACAGCAGAGACUCCAGCAAGGCUGUCGGCCCAGUCUUACCAAAGACGGAGAGUGAUGAAAAAGUAACACAGAAAGACAGCUUGACAUCGGAAGCCUCUGAGACCAAGUCAUCACUGAAUGGCGUCAUUGAAGGCAAAAGUGAAGCAGAACUCAGCUCAGAGAAGCCUGCCGUGGAUCUCAGCAUCAGUGAGAAAGCCCAGAACAUCAAAGAAGAGCCAAUGGAGGUGUGCGAUUCUAAAACGAGCACAGCAACAAGUGAACCGGCCUCUGAGUCCACAUGUAUAUCACUAAAGGCAGAAAAGGGAGAAGAGGUGAAGAAGAGCAGCUCUGAGGAGGUACAGCAAAAGAAUGACCAGCAGGCCAAAAUUCCUUUGAAAAAAAGAGGAAUGAAGUUCAGUGAAGACUUUGAAAAAAACAGCAACGUUAUAGCGCAAAACCCUUCAGUUUCUCAGGCCAAGGAAUCUCUGAAAGCCAACUUGACUCCUGAACCAACGAAGAAAGUGCCGAGUGUGAACGAUCAUGUUAAUGGUGAAGUUGAGCUGAUGUCGGAGAAAGGGCUCCAGAGCCACUUGUCUGAGUCACUGAAAGAUGCUGCUGCCGACAAAGAGCCGACGACUGAACCUGCUGCGGUCAAAUCUGUAGAAACCUCAGAAAAAGAUUUGCCAUCCACAGACAAGGUUGACGUGGAAGAUAAAAAGGAUGAAGCUCGCGGUGCAGAGAAGGUCACAGAGGGAGUCACGUCGCACCAACCAGACGAGGACAAGAAAAAGCUACAUGUGCAGGUAGAAAAGGAAAGCACUGCAUCAAAAGAAAGAGAAGAAUCUCUCCAGACUGCAACAGAAUCGCCUAAAGACAUAAAUAAUGGACACGAGAAGUCAGCUAAUCAUGAAGAGCACGAAAAGGUAGAAGAAUCCAAAGCGGUCGAUAUAAAAGAGCCUUGUACAGGAGACAAGGUCGCCACAUUAAAGGAAACCGAUAAAACAUUAAUGACCGGUGACUUGGGGAAAGACAAAUCCAGUGAAGUUGAAUCAAAAGAGUCAAGUCAGACUGAAGAAACCAACACGUCAGAGGUGACGGAAACUGCGACGGACAUGAAGCAGGCGGAGGUCAGCGGCGAUAAAGACAAAGAGACGUGUGAGACUAAUGUGGAGGGUUCUGAAGACCCGACGCUUAAAGAGAAACCAGAAAUCGGCAAAACAUCUGAGGUGUCGUGCGCGGACGAAGAUCCCGCACAGAGACCUGCUGACUCUGAAACCACGCCAUCACCGCCUGUCGUUAAAAUGACAGAAAUACUUAAAGACGGCGAAACCACCGAGACCCAGGAAGUCACGCAAAGUUCUAAGGUCAUUAAAAAAACAGACGAGUCAUUAAUCUGUGAGAAAUCAGGAGAGACACCCCCCACCAAAGAGAGUGUGGAGUCCUCUGUUGUUAAAACGUCAGACAAAUCCGACACGUGUAAACCCGCCGAGACGCACGACGACAUCAAAGGUGUUGAGAUGAGUUCAGGGAAAGACGGCGCGGCCUCUGAGACGAACGCUGAAAAGACGGAAAAGCCUGAAGAAAACAGGAAAACUGUCAACUGCGAAGACAGUGAGGUGCCUGAUGUUAGCGAGAUAAGCGACACGAAGCCCGGGCCCACGGAGGCGGGAGCAGAGGCCAGUAAACACAAUCCGCCAAAGCUUCAAGAGGAUGACAGAACUGACAUGAACUCUGUUGCACAUGAGAUGAUAGAGGAAACACCUGAAGGGAAAGAUAAACCAUCCAGUCCUGUUGAGAAGACAGACGUGUCUAAAGACAGUGAUAAAGAACCUGAAAGAACAGACGCAAACCAGGAAAAAGAGGCUGAGGAUCAGCCCAAAGAGGCGGAGGCAGAACACCAACCAUCAGAGAGCAAAAAGGAUGCUGACAAAGAAAAUGACAAGGACUCGGAGUGUGAAGAACUGAAAAAUGACAGUGAGAAACACCUGUGUCAAGAUGAAGGAAGCAAAGAGGGCUCCCCAACAGAUAAACUCUCAAAAACAGAUGAAGCAAAGGAAGAGAAAUGCGAUCACAAAGAGAGCGAAACCUCGACGUCAGUGGGGGAAUCUGGUCACCAAAAUGUGAGCGAAGAACCAGAUGGAAAAUCCUCCAAUGAAACGGAGAAAUCGUCCCACCCAAGGGAAGAGCCGGACGCCGAAAAGCCCAUCGAUGAGGAGAGUAAAAGCAAAAGUGACGAAGAGGAGUCAACAACAAAAGAGGUGGCGAAUGGUGGGGAAGCUCCAGCGGAUGUUCAGGAGGAGGGCGUCUGUCGGAAAAUGAAGCGCCCGGCCCACCGAAGGAAGGCUGAGCUCCAGAGAGAGGAGAGACUCGGGGAUUCAGAGUCUGACACUAACACGGGGAGAUCUCUUCGGAGGUCGCCCAGGAUCUCCAGGCCAACGCCAAAGGCUGUAGAGAACAACGACAGGAAGCUGGAGAAAGCACAGGCGGCUCCACCGGCUGAGAAACACGAGGACUACAAGGGCGAGAAGGAAAAAGACGAGGACGAUGAGGACGAGGACGAGGUGAAAACCGUGCAAAAGAAACCAAGAGAAAAGAAGGCUGAUCAGGAGGGUCAACCCAAAGUCAAGGGGAGAAAGCGGCGGAAGGUUCGCUGGUCCAACACGCGAACGCGUCGCAAAAAGAAAGGCUCGGAGGAGGAAGACGACGACAACAGCGACCAGGAGUCCAGCGAUGAGGAGGACAGCGAAGAGGAGGAUGACAGCGAUGAAGACUACAAGGUGGAGCGAAGCAGAAAGAGGCGGAAUCGUAACCGAGAAAGGCGAAGCUCGGACUCCUCCACGUCCUCAGACGACGACCUACCUCCAAAUGACGACCCCUGCAAACACUGUGGUCUUCCAAAUCACCCCGAGCUGAUCUUACUGUGCGAUUCGUGUGACAGCGGGUACCAUACAGCCUGUCUGAGGCCUCCCCUCAUGAUCAUCCCCGACGGCGAGUGGUUCUGUCCUCCCUGUCAACACAAGCAGCUCUGCGACAGGUUAGAAGAGCAGCUGCAAAAUCUCGACGCCGCUUUGAAAAAGAAGGAACGGGCAGAGAGAAGGAAGGAGCGUCUCAUCUACGUCGGAAUCAGUGUUGAAAACAUCAUCGCGCCCUCGGUGGAGGAAGAGGAAGUAAAGCCAGAGAUCAUCAAAGAGAAGAAAGAAACAAAGAGAAGUAAGAGCUGGGGUCGAAGGUCUACCAGGGCAAAGAAGUCCAUCAGCUACAGAUUUGACGAAUUCGAUGAGGCGAUCGAGGAGGCAAUUGAGGAAGACAUCAAAGAAGCAGAGGGUGGAGGAGCUGGUCGGGGUAAAGACAUGGCUAACAUCACAGGCCACAGAGGAAAGGACAUGUCCACCAUCCUCCAAGCAGAGGAGGGCAAGGAAAAUGGCCGUCCGCCACGACCUGUCACCGGUCAGCGCAGGAAAAAACGCCGGCGACUGAAUGACCUGGACAGCGACAGCACGGUGGACGAGGAGGAAAGCGAGGAAGAGUUUUGCCUCAGCGAAAGCUCAGAGGAAGAGUUUGUCGCGUCAGAUAACGAAACAGAGGGAGAAACGGAGGCCGACUCCAACAACAGCGACUACGGCAGCAACAGCAGCGGUAGGCAUCGCACGUCUUCGGGGACCAGGUGGCAACCGCAGCGACGACAAAGCGGCAGAAAGCGGCGGAGACCGAAGGGCUACUCGGACGAUGAGGAGGACGAGACAGAUGAGGAAGACGAGGAUGAAAUCGUGACUGAAGGCUCCAGUGAGUUCAGCGACAGUGAUCUUGAUAUGAGUCGACGGCGAUCUCGGCGGAGUCAGAAGAAGACGGUGAACUACUGCGAGACAUCUGAGUCUGAAGGCUCUCAGGCAGAAACCAACCGGUCCAAAAUGAAACCCAGACGACGCCAGGAGACCUCCGACAGCGAGGCGAGUUUCUCCAGAGACUCUGACGAGGAAGAGUUGAGGGAACGGAGGGUGAAAAGGAGAGCCGACUCCUCCGAGGAAGAUUCCCGGCAGCGGCGCCGGCGGCUUGCACUAAAACGCAGGAGAGCUUCUGAAGACGACGACUCGGACGACGACUCGGACGAAUCGUCGGAGGAGGAUCGUCCCGUCCGUAAACGGGUGAACCGCAUCGACUCGGACGACGACGACGAGGAGGAGGAACCGGAGGAGAAACCGAAGGAGAAGAAGGCAGCUGAAAAAGCAGACGAGGAGUCAAAGGGAACAAAUGCAGUAGACUGUAAUGCGACGGAGCUGCCACCCGCCAACGGACAGAGCCAGAUGAAGGGCCUUGAAGGCCUCGUCAGCCGGCCGGCUGCUGCCGCAGCUCCAGGCCUCAUUUCAAAUGUGGAGGCGUCCAAAAACAUCAGUGGCACGCCAGCUUCUGCCAUAGCACCAAACGGUCUGGUUGGCCAGGAGAUGGCGGCGCAGGACGAUGAUGAAGACGACCUGUUAGGAGUCACAGACCUAGUGGACUAUGUCUGCAAUAACGAAGACUUGUAAAAACAAAAUCGUGUACUGUUUCAUUUUUUUGUGGUAUUGUAUUUUUAUAUUGCUUAACUUUAUUAUUCCCUCCCCCACCAACACUUCCUCCCCGUCCGUUUUACUUGUGUCAUCAGGAGCUUGAGUCUCAACAAACUCUGCAACAUGAGAACUGGAUCCCCGUCACACGUCUACAGCGAAUAAGGGCACCAAACUCUCAUUCGUUUGGUAAUAAUCAGUUUCGCUGCAAACCAACCACGUCGGCCAGCUCCACUGCCAAACCACCUCCUUCCUCUAAAAACGUGUCACUCAUUUCAUCUGUCAUCAUUUUCUUUGUUCCAUCCAAGAGUUAUACAAACUUUAGCUCCUGCUCUCGUCUGUGUUCAUGGAAAAUUGGCCAUGAAACUGUUUAUUGUGUUGGAAAUAUUUUUAAAAAUUUGAAUGGCAAGUGACUGGGACGUUUUACAGGAGUGAAAAUGAGGCUUUCCGUAACUGAUUUGAACUUCUGGGCGCCCGUUAAAAAUGAAUCAUGGUUAUACGUUGUAUCCCUUAAAGGAAUAAUUUGACAUUUUGGGACAAACUCUUAUUUAUAAGCCUUCACUUAGAUGAGAAGAUUGAUGGCACUCUCACGUCUGUACUGUAAAUACAUAGCCAGUUAGCUUAGCUUAGCCUAGCUGACUGCUUUACUUUUAAUGAGCUACACAAAGAGCUACGACUCUUUAGUGCUGGUCCAACAGAGACGGAGCUGCCACAGCAGGACCAGAGAACUGGGACCGUUUGUGGCAUGAAAAUCUGAGUCCUUAGGGAACAAAGUCCAACAAGCAUGUUAUGUCUCGCUUGUUAAACUCCUUCAAAAAGGCGUGAAGAAGUCGAUUUGCGCACUCCGUUUUGCGCGGAUUGCCUCUUUUGCCGCCUUUGGGCGAAGCGAGUGUAGCUGCUUCCUCUUGUUUUCAGUCUGUAUGCUAAGCUGUGCUAACCAUCUGUUAGCUGGAGUCUUGUAUUUAACAGGCAGAUCUGCACUGUGUUGUAUCUGCUUUUCCAGAAAGCUAAUGAGUGUGUUUUCCCAAAAUGUCGAAACUAUUCUGGCUUUUUAUAGACUAUUUAUUCUUGUCGAGUAACCUUCUAGACUAAUGACUAGUCGUCCAGCCUCCAUUUGUCAGCCCUCCUCUUUGAACAUUUUCGUUGGAUGGUAGAGUAGCUUUUGUAUAUUGUAUACAUAACGUAUAUAAUUAUUUUAACUAUGUGCGCUGCCAUCAGUAUCAGUGGUGAACUCCCAGGAUUUUGGAUUUUCUACGUUUGUUUGGGGAAACAAAAUCAGAAGUUAAACUCUUUCUUUCUUUUUUUCCCCCUCCUUGUCUGAUUUCCUCAUAUUACAUUUAUGUUACCUUUUGUGAUUUUGUUUUUUAAUAAUGUAUUUUUUUUGUAUAUCUAAACUUUUAUGUGUUGUAUCUUUGAGCGAAAUGUAAAGUGUCUUAUUUUCUUUGUACAUUGUCCUUCGUGAAAGGUUCAAAAACCUUCAAACUCGUGGCUUUUGUUAACUAAAAUAACACUAAUUUCUAAAACGCCCCUCUUUUCUUUUCUUUUCUUUUUUCUUUCUUUUUUCAUUCUACUCCCCCCUCAAAUCUUCCUGCAUACAAAAGCUUCUGUUCACGCUCGGAGUUUUCACAAUCUUGAGUUGACGUUCCGGUCGAGUUGCAGUAAACUGACGGCUUUUGAGACCUCAAACCGGUGCAAGAUUGUGAAAACUAAACAGCUUGGUGGAAUAAUUUGUUUUAAAUCGAUCGUCGGGAUGCAGUUUUUGAAUGAGGGGGGUGGACAGAAAAUAACAAACCAAUGACUUCACUGACCUCUGCUGGAACCAGUCUGUGUGUAUAUCUGUAGUUUUUGCUGUAAUAUAUUUAGAGGCAUUUUUUUAAUCACGGGGAAAAAAAAAUAUAUUGGGCAAUUCUUUGGGAUUGCAUGAGUUUCUAAUAGUUUUCUUUUGUAGGGGAAGUAACAUUGGCACAACAGUUUUUGUAAGAAAACCAGAAAACGUUGGCAUGUUUUAAGGAUCUUCUGACCUGUUGCGUUUGUGCUGAAGGACUUGUGACGUCGAUGAUGCAGGAUGUCUCGCCAUUUGCAGUCAAACUGCAUCAGUAAGCAUGCGCUGACCUACUAAAGGUGUGUUACACAAUCUCGGGGAAAGAAAAGAUUAUCGUGGGACAACAACAAAAAAAAAAAGAACAAACAAAACACAAAACCCUAGACAUCUGAUUUAAGAGAGGAAAUGAGGCCUGUUUGUAAAAUAUUUUGUAAAAUAGUCUCAGCAUGGUCUUCACAGAGGAUAAACCACUCUAUUUAUCAUACCGUUUUGAUACUGGCUGUGGCCGACACACGACUUCCAAGACAAAACUUAUAUGUGCUGCUUGCAGUGCACACAACUAAGGCUUCUAUACACAAUAUUUAGCUGUUAGAUUAGAUGGACAGAAUAUAUAGCAAAGCCAAUUCUACAAAUGUAAUAGAAGUGUGUGUGUGUGUGUGUGUAUGUGUUCCGGUGGGUUUGAAUCAGAGUUAAGGAACGUGGAACGUCAAUGUGCUGUGUGUUUCCCUGUUUUAAAUUCUCCAGGUGGAUGAGGAGAAUGUAUUAAUGUGUGUCUCGCGGUUAUGAAAUAACCUGUAGCAAGACCUGCAUAGGAAUGGAGAGGAAGGAUGGAGGAGUGGAAUAAAGGCUGCGAUGGCGAUUAAGGGAGGAAGUUGGUGCCAAUGACUCAAGUGUUAACAAGAGUUUCCUAUUUACCUCAUGAUGAAUCUGGGAGGAAAGACACCCUGUCCACUGUGUAUAGAUGCUAGUAGACCGGUCGUUGGUGUUUUGUCUGCUCCUUACAUUUUUGUUAACUUUACUGUUAUUUCUUAUGAAUCUGAUCUUGUACAUUUGUCAUAAUAAAAUGGGUUUGAAGCCUCA